AUGAGAGGCGGUCGCGGAGGUGCACGCAGUCGAGGCGGCGCAGCAAAGCUUGCGUCGCGAGGGGCGAUGAAAGAAGGAAGCGUGGGCGGCAAAGGAGAUGGAUUUCGGGGGAAGAAUAAGGGAGCAGCGAGCGGCAAAAGGGGUGGACAUCCGCGGCGAGGCGGAGUAGGAAAAGCGUUCGGAGGAGGCGGAGGGAAGGUGAUUGGCGGAGGGAAUACGAUACGCGGAGGCAGGUUGAAUUUUAGCAUGGUGAAAUGGAAGGAUGUGACGCCAGUGGCAGGGACGCACAUGCUCAUGGACCCGCGCAACCCCGCCGCGGGAGGCUUCAUGGGGCUGGAGGAGAUCGACCCGGCGGAGUUUGAGGGAUUGGUGGCUGGCGGAGAGAUGGAGGGCGGGGGGGAGCUGGCUGGCGGAGAAAUGGAGGGUGGAGAUUUGGAGGGCGGGGAUUUGGAGGGCGGGGAUUUGGAGGGUGGAGAUUUGGAGGGCGGAGAAAUGGAGGGCGGGGGAGAUUUGGGGGAAGAAGACGCGGGGGAAGAGCCUGGAGAUGGGGAGGUUGAGGCGGGCGGGGGAGAAAGUGGAGAUGGUGUGGGAGACGCGGGGGUUGGGGACAGGGUUUUAGAGGGGAAGGGGAAGAUGAGCAAGAGCAAGAGGCGGAAGAUGCAGCGGAAGCAGCUUAAAACGGCUUUGAAGCGAGGGGAGCGGGGUGAGAGGCACAAGGGCGCAGGAGAGAAGCAAGCAAAGGGUAAGGAGGACGGAGAAGCAGAGGGAGACGAGGAGGAGGGGGAGGAGCGAGAGGAGGGGGGGGAGAGAGAGGAGGGAGAGGAGGGAGAGGAGGGAGAGGAGGGAGAAGAGGAGGAAGGGGAGGAGGGAGAGGAAGAUGCGGAGAGUGAUGGGGAGGAGACUGCAGAAGGCAAAGCAUUGAGCAUGGAAAUCGACGGAGCAGCAGGGGGGGUGGAAGGAGAAGGGGAUGAGGAUCUAGACAUGCCGGAAUGGGAACCCCUCCGUCUGCAUCCCCUCAUUCUCCGCGCUCUCAGCGACCUCGGGUUCACCUCCCCCACGCCCAUCCAGCGCGCAUGCAUCCCCGCUGCUGCAUCCAGAGGCAGGGACGUUGUGGGGGCGGCUGAAACUGGGUCGGGUAAGACCCUCGCGUUCGCGAUCCCGAUUCUGCAGAGGUUGCUGGAUGAGCGGGAGAAGGAGAGGCGGUUGCAGGACGGGGGCGGGGCGUGGGGGGAAGAGGGGGAAGGGGAUGGGGGAGGAGAAGGGGAGGCGGGAGGGGGGGAGGGCGCGGGGAGUGAGAGGGUUGGGGAGGAGCAGAGCGGGGAAGGGGAGGGGGGAGGGGAGGGGGAUAAAGAAGGGGAAGAGGAGGGGGAAGGGAAGACGGGGGGAAAGGCGGCGGGCGGCGGGGCUCGGAAGAGAGUGAGGGGGCCGCUGCGAGCACUCAUCAUCACGCCCACGCGCGAGCUGGCGCUGCAGAUCGUAUCGCACAUAAAAGACGCGGCCCGCCACACGGGCAUCCACGUGGCCGGCAUUGUGGGCGGCAUGGCGGAGGUGAAGCAGCGGCGGGUGCUGAGCCUCGGGCCGCAGAUUGUGGUCGGCACGCCCGGGCGGCUGUGGGAGCUCAUGAGCCAAGGGGAGGCGCACCUGGUGCAGCUGGAGUACCUCUCCUUUCUCGUUCUCGACGAGGCUGACCGCAUGGCUGCUUCCCUCUGUACCGCUCGCCUUACCCCGCUCAACCCCUUUUGA